AACCUGAAGAAGAGAAAGGUCUCAUGUCUCGUUGCUGGUGUUUAAUUCUAGAACGCUUUGCGAGAAAACGUGAUACUGAGCCACAUCGGCUAAGGGUUACAAAAGUUAUUAUUUCAUUGAUUUAUUACAUGGUGCUCAUACUUUACUUGACCUAUUCGUUAUGUGGUCUGAUUGAUAAUCCUCCAUAUGAGGUUAGAUACGUGCAAUCUGAGCCAUAUAUUAACCCUCCAAUCAUCUAUUUUGCUUCCGCAUUUAGCUUUGAUAUGACCUGCGCUUUUCGUAGAAAUGACCUUCCAGAUUACAAUUGCGCCGAGUAUAUGGAUAUAAAGCCUAUUAAUGAUUAUGUGUUUUCUAUCCACUUCAAUGCAACGGAGUUCGCAGCCUUCUCUUUAACUAAGAUAAAGAAUAACCCAGACGAGACAAAGAAUAUCUCUGUAGACAUGAUUUACGAAAUCGACUUCACUUUUGAAUUUAGCGAUCCAUCACAGGAGUGGGAUUUGGAUUAUCGUACUCUUAUAGACGUGGAAAUUUACGAUCCCGAUUUUUUCAUCGAUGGCGAACCUAGCGGAUUCAAAUGCAAAGGAAACGGACAGCACGACGAGAUGUUCCUUAGACAAAAACAACGGACUAGAUAUUAUCUUUCGCCAAAUCAAAAUAAUUUUAUCGGAUUUAAAAGAUAUAAAAGUGAAAGCCUCGUUCGGGAUAUUCAAACUACAUUAGGCCUUUCCCAUAUGUGUGAAUCUCAUUUUAUUGAGACAACAUUCCAAACCGCCAAUAUUUUCGGAAAUAAAACCCUCCCCGGGAACAACACUUUUUCGUUGUUGCAAAUAAAGUUAUUAACUUAUGAAGUACCAAUUAUCAGACAACACAGUACUAAAUCGGUUUUGAGCGCAAUAAGUGAUUUUGGUGGUGCUCUUAAUAUUUGUCAGGCUGUAUUUUGUUUAAUGUUUGGUGCGGCACUAAUAAAUCCAUGGGGUUUUUGUCAAAAAAAUGUUUGGUAUAUAAAAACUAUCACGCAGCAGAAGCUCGCCAAAAAUUUUAGUGGUUACGCAGAUAAGAAUCAAAAAGAUUCCUCACCUGACGCACUUAACACUCGUUUGAUCCGGUUGGAGAAGUUAUUAUCCGAAUAUAUUAUCGAAGAUGACUAUCUUAAAAAAGCAACUAGUAACUCCCGCUGA